AAGACGUCAGGGGAAAAACAGGCUCAGUCCAUUUUUUUCAAAAUACGUUUUUUUCUAUUUAUAAUAAAAUUGAACAUUGUUAAACAUAUCUAUACAUCAAUUUUGGGCAAAAACAAGCUCAGUCCCUAGUAAUAAGAAUAAGAAAAAUCCACGUCCUGGGGAAGAACGAGCUUAGUCCUACUUUUGUGGGGAAAAAAAGGCUCAGUCCAGCUGAGAACUGUGGGAGUGGGAUCAGCUGAUCUGUUUAUUUUGUCUUUCUUGGAUUGGAUUGGUGGUGUUGUUUUAAAAGUUAAUCCUGUUAACAUGUUCACUCUGUUAUGAUUGUAAAGUUCCUCUGCAAGUGAAGAUAGUAAGCUUAUGUUUUUAUGUUUGUAGUUGAGCUAAAGAGGGAAAUGUGAUGUAGGCUAAUUUUUUAGUGAAUGUGUCAGAACAAGUGCAAAUUCAACAUAACCUCCAAACAUUAGUUGUGUGAGUAGCAAGAUAACUGUAGAUAUAUUGCUUAGGCCUUGUAUAUUUAAGUUAUUGGCAUGGAUAGUGGAGAGGACGAUAUUCCUCAAGUGCAAUGCCUUGCUGCAACAAAGCAAACCAACGAGCAGCUUUCAAAAAAACGGAAAAAAUAUGGCAGGAUGUCGGCUGUGAGUAAAAUGCUAAAAAUUCAAAGCCAUGAAAUGGGCAGUGACUGUCAGUGUUUGCGUGGCUGUUUCAGACGAGUAAAUGAGACAUCUCGGAAUAAGAUUCUCUCCGACUUUAAUCUUAUGAGGUCACAUGAUGAACAAAAUAGCUAUUUAUGUGGGUUAAUAACUGUCAUACCUGUUCAGCGUAGAAGGCCUAGAGUAGAAAAUGCUAGAGAAAAUCAAGCAUCUUAUGCCUAUAAAGUACGAGUAUUGAAAGAUAACAUGUUAGUAGAAGAAAGCAUUUGUCGUAAGGCAUUCAUUUCUAUUCACGGAAUUUCCAAAGCCAAAGUUGAGUUCUUGGUUAAGAGUCUUAAAUCUGCUGGCACAUCACCAAAGGACAAACGUGGUAAACAUUUAAAUAGGCCACAUAGAGUAUCUAAUGAAACUGUAGAUCUUAUACGUGAUCACAUACAAUCAUUUAAAGGAAGAUCAUCGCACUAUAGCCUCCACAAAAGUAACAAAACCUACCUACCUGAAGAAUUGAAUGUUUCGAAAAUGCAUCAAAUGUUUCAGACAAAAUAUCCAAAUGCAAAGGUAUCAUAUGAAACAUAUAGACAAUGUUUUUGCAGUGACUUUAACAUCAGUUUUGGCUACCCCAGAACUGACACUUGCAGUAAGUGCGAUGAACUAACGGCCAAAAUUACAGGGCUACAGAAACAAUUAAAAAAUAACAGAGAAUCCGAUGAUGUUGCUAACAUUAAUAAGGAAAUAACUUCUCUUGAAAAUGAAGCAAAACUCCACAAAAUCAAAGCAGAUGUGUUCUACAAAAGGAAAACACGUGCCAAACAAUUAUGUAAGCAAUCAGUGGAACAUGAGGCCAUAAGUAUGGACUUUGGUAAGAAUUUACAAUUGCCGAAUAUUACCACUAAUGACAUCUACUACAAGCGGCAGUUAUCAAUGUAUGCUUUUAACAUACAUGAGUUGUCUAGUGCGAAAAGUAUUUUUUACCUAUAUCCUGAGACUGAAGGAAAGAAAGGGAGUGAUGAUGUUUCUUCUUUCCUACACAAUUUUGUCUAUGAACAUCUGGAUGAAAAAAUUAGACACCUUCACAUAUUCUGUGACUCUUGCUCGGGCCAGAACAAAAACUUCACAAUGAUAAGAUUUUUACAUUAUCUUGUUUAUGAAGCAAAGAAACUUGACUCCAUCAAAGUAACAUUCCCUGUGCGUGGCCAUUCAUACAUGGAAUGCGACAAGAAUAUGGGGCUUGUCAACACAAAAUCUAAGGCAGAACUUCCUUCAGAUUGGAUUGAAGUUUUUGAAAAUGCUAGAAAGAACCCUUUUCCCUUUAAAGUUGUGAGUAUUGACAAUCAAUUCUGUAGACAGUGGACAAAAUUCUUGGACACAUUAUAUAUGAAAAAAUGCCCAUUUGCUACCAGGACUAUAAAGGAGCUUAAAAUUUCCAAGGAAGGCAAUGGUAAUGAACAAAAAUUGAUGCUGAGGAGUUCUUACUAUGCAGCGUGGGACAAAUGUUCAAUCCUGCCAAAGAAAAAAACCCAUUCUUCAACAGUAUGUGCUGAAAAUGAAUUUCUAAUGCCAGAAAAAUCUUAUGAUGGUCCACUGCCUAUCAAGAAGGCCAAAUACAAUGACUUGAAAGAUUUAAAGAUAUUUUGUAGUAGUGCUGCCCAAGAAUACUUCACCAAUCUUCCCCAUUUGGAUGAAUAAAAUUAGGGUCUUAAAUGAAGCAAUCCAAAUUAAAUUAUAUUUUCAAUGUGCUAAGUUUUAUAUGUAAAAUAAAUAUCUGUAUUAUUUUGGA